AUGUGCCAGCCGAACGUUGCCAGCUUCGAGAAUCUGAAGAGUACUACCAAAACACCUGUUCCAUGUCCGCCAAAAACGACUUCAACAACUACUACUGCUCCCUGUCCUCCUAAUACAACUACGACAACAGCUCCCACUACAACAACUCCUCCAUGCGAAGCUGAAACUGAUCCAAUCACGCUCGGUCCAUUCCGUUUUGAAGCCCGUUUGGCUCAACCGGAAGAACAUGAAGAUCCGUUAGUUCAGUUCGCAUUCAUGGAUGAUCAAGCUGAAACAACGAUUCCAACGGAGGAAACAACUCUGAAUACCGAACCUAGUACUGAAAUGAGCACCACUGUUUCUCCUUCUACUACUACAAUUACUACUACGACUAUAACGACUACUACUCCUGAGCCAAUAGUUGAAACACAACCACCGAGCACUUCAACCACGGAUCCUCCAACUACAAGCACUACAAUCCCGAGCACGACGACGACAACGACGACCAGAACAUGUUGCAAGUUCAUUACGGGACCUGACACUAUUGAUGGAAUAAAUCCAGAUUAUUGGCUUGAAGAAAACGAAAGACAAAACACAACUUGCCCACCGAUGUCACUCCCAUGUAAUGAGACUCAAACAUCAACAGUUAGCGAUAGUACUACCUCGACAACAGGACAUCAAACAACUGCCAAUGAUCAGUUCACUACAAGCGGUGGACCAACAAGUAGUAGUACUGCUGUCACGCAGGAUACAGUUUCCACAAGUUCUGAUACACAAACAACUGCCUCCGGAACCCAGAGUCCAACGACACCUUUUGACAUGGAAACAACUCUAACAGAUUCAGCAACAACUGGUGCAGACUCACAGACAACUGGUUCCGGAACCCAGAGUCCAACGUCACCAUCGGACAUGGAAACCACGCCUACAGAUUCUGGCACCACAAGUUCGGACUCACAAACAACUGCCUCCGGAACUCCAGAUCCAACGACACCUUCGGAUAUGGAAACUACGCCAACGGAU